ACUACAAAGAAUUUACUACCCAUUGGUCGAAACCGCAUGUCUCUACGACGUAUGGUUCUCUCACAAUUUUGUCUGACUGUUUUGAGGUGGGCACUUAACUGCAUACUAUGGCUUCGCCGUAACCAUGCACGUAUUUUUUUUGGGUGCAUGGUUACGGUUGGUGUCUCGCCUUAGAAAAAUAGAGCAAGGGUCAAUAACUUUGUUAAUAUUUAGCAAUGAUGUCAGCCCUGGUUUACAUCGUGUACAUAAUCGUAGAUAGUUUUGUCUUCAGCACAUUAAUCAUGAGAAGAAAUUGUAAUUUAAGUAAUUAUUUUUUUCUUACAGAUGAAUUGUAAACGUAUGUAAGAGAUUACCAUUUCCACAGUCCAAGUCGGCGUCUUCCUGAUGACCCGCAUCACCACUGAUCUGACCGGACGACAACAACCCGAUUUAACUUUAGAGUUAAACGAAACGCUGCUUAUCGUUCAAUCGGGGAUGCAUGCGGAUCCAACAACACGAAGGACUGCUCCGUUUCAGGAUGGAACGAGCCUAAUCUCACGUAUUACACCUGUGCCGACGGAGGAAAGAAUGGAACCUGUCAAGUCCCCAAUUCCAACGGGCAACUGCUAACCUGCACUGGGACCAAUUCACAAGGAUGGUUUUGUAAAUAUUGCAAGGCGUAUGGACAGUCCUGUACCAAGGACUCGGACUGUUGUUCAAGUAUGGACGAUCUGGACAGGUCGCCACUUCCUCUCACCAUCAAACCAUUCUGUCACAAGCCCAUAGUGCUGGGGAUACGCUCGACUACUGGAACUUGUAAACCCUGUCUUCGGGAUUAUGACCCCUGUGGCGGAUCAAAUCUCCCAUUUUGUGGCAAAUUGAAUUACACCGCAUCUUCCGCUUCGUGUCGUGAUUUCGUUGGUCUCGGAGGUGGUUACGAUUAUCAAGGACACAACCCAAACCGUGGUCUGAUUGUUAUGGGUGCUGCUACGGCUGCAGACCCAUGCACACCGGAAGCAAAAUUGGCCAACCUUAAUGGAUUCGCCAUCCCAACGAGUGGAGCGUCCGAUUGUGGCGACUAUGAACAAGUCACAUACUUGUUAGACACGGGGUACGAGAGGGCAUAUUUCUGCAGUUGCCCUGAUAACGCCACUGUUGGAUACCAAUGUCGCGUCACCAAUCUACCUCAAGCUUUACUAAGGGGACCCACGGACAAUGGUCAGCGGUGUGUCAAGUGUGGUCUGAAUGGACAACAAUGUGGCUCCGGAAAUGAUUAUCCCUGCUGUGAUUUUCACACCUGCACGAGUGGAAUCUGCCUCCCGAACAACUGUACUUUGGAGGGAGAACGUACAAAUUUUGAUGGCGUGGCUACAAAUUGUUGUGGAGGGAUAAACUUUCACAGGAAUGAUAAAGAUAAGCGAUGCACAAAUUGUCACUGUGGCGGACUCGGAGCCAAUUGCGAAUCUGGGAUUGAUUGUUGCGGAACGGACACAAUAUGCAGAAAAGUUACGUCUUUAACAUUGCAAUGCGAAGAAUGCAUACCAGACUUUGCUGUAAACAGUCCGGGUCGAAAUUGUACUUCAGUUUACGACUGCUGUCAAUCUCUGCCCUUGUAUGAAGACCCUUUUGCCGAAUCGUACAGCUUCUGUUAUCAACAAUAUGAAUGCAGACCUUGCAGACGAGAGAAUGAAUCUUGUGACCAGUAUGACACUUGUUGUGGGAGGUUGGAUUGUAAUUUUAGCGUUAAUAAUGGCACCUGUCUUCCCCUCCCGGAAUAGUUAUUGAAGCAUAGUUAUUGCUUAAGUGUUGGAUGUUCAUGUUAAUCUAAUCCAAAAUUUGUAGUUACCCUGACUGUUGCGACAACAACCUUGUUAGAUCUGCAUGAAAUCAAGUUUUAUUAAUUGAAAAUGAUAUUUAUUAACAAUGUGAAAUAAAUUUUGAAUAAAAGCAAAGUUUCAAAAUAUAUUUUAGACAAUCAACUUAGGAUUAGCGACCAUAUUGACCUGUGGGAGUCAUUUAAGCUAAAUAGUGACAAAUAUAAAUUGUAAUAAAAACCUGAAAUUUCAAAUCAAUCGGUACGCAAAGAGCAGAUAAAAGAAAAU